ACAAUAUCAGGGCUCUCCGGUCCGGGAGGAGAAGAGAGGAGGGGAGGGAGAACUUGUUUGUUUCUUGGGCUAUGGCGGGGCAGGGGGAUCCGGUUCAGAGGGAGAUCCAUCAGGACUGGGCCAACAGGGAAUACAUUGAAGUGAUCACCAGCAGCAUCAAGAAGAUCGCGGAUUUCUUGAAUUCAUUCGACAUGUCCUGCCGUUCACGGUUAGCUACGUUGAAUGAAAAGCUGACAGCAUUAGAGCGAAGGAUCGAGUACAUCGAGGCAAGGGUUACCAAAGGAGAGACCCUGACCUAAGAUGAGUGCAUCUCCAGAACUGCUUGGAUUGUGGACUUGAUGUAAUCAUGUCAGUGAAGAACAAAACCAUUAUAAGUUUAUCAAACUUCUGCCUUGGACCUCCAUUCCUUUCUAUCAAAACUCUGAUCAUUCGAAGCUUUUAAAGAGAGAAUUUGAAAUAAUGUGGACUGCGAUUUCUAAUCUAUGUUGGCUCGGUCCCACAUUGAUGAAACUAGGAGCACUGAUUAAACAGGGAAUGAGUGUGGUUGGGGAAGGGAACACUGUGGGAUUGGGGGUAUUAUGCCAACUGUAUUUGUGGUGAUGUGUACCUAUUCCCCCUGCCCCCGACCCCCCCAACGUUUCUGGAACUCUGUUCUAAAUGAAAUGUAAUGAAAGCAGAGUCCAGAUUUUCCAUUUUAUUGUUUGAAUAAGAUACAACCAUUUGUAAAACUCAGUGUGCUAGCUGUCUAGCAAUCUCCUCGAUGGGAGAGUACAGUGUUUCUUAAAGACAUUACAUAUGUAACCUUUUGGGGAGGGGAGGGUGGAUGAGUAUCACAAAUAAAUGAUCAUUUUGUGGUUUA